AUGUACCGAAGCCUGUUUUCGGCGCCAGUUCCACGGUACCAUGCAGAUGAAAGCGACCCUGUCGAAACGGCACCCAUGAUUGACGCGCCACCGAUGCCUACCGACGACGAGCGCCAGCGUGCCUAUGCACAAGUGUCUUGGAACGUGAUUAGUGACACCGUGACAUUACCGAGUGCAUUAAUGCGUACUAGCAUGGCAUCGGCGGUAUGCGGUGACGAGGGAUACCGCACAGAUCAGCCCACGCUUCGUCUUGAGGAUGCCGUGGCGCAGCUCACGGGUAAGGAGGCCGCGCUCUUUCUCCCUAGUGGCACACAAGCCAACCAACUAGCUCUGCAUGUACACACGCGGCCCACGCUCGUGCCUGUAUCGAUCCUAUGCGACGUGCGAUCACACAUACACACAUCUGAGAUGGGUGGUAUUGCGUACCAUUCGCGCGCAACCACUGUGCCCGUCAUACCCCACAACACACAUCAUCUGACUCUGGAGGACAUUGCACCUUUUUGCGAAUCGCAGGACCCGUACAUGCCCACACAUGUGCAUGUCAUUUCGCUUGAAAACACUUUACAAGGCACUAUAUUUCCGCAAUCAGAAAUUGAACGGAUCAGUGCCUUUGCGCACGAACGCGGUAUAAUCAUGCAUCUUGAUGGCGCACGGCUGUGGAAUGCUUGGGCCGAGACCGGCAUUUCUCUCGCCGACCUUUGCCGUCCUUUUGAUACGGUCAGUUUAUGCCUCAGCAAGGGAAUUGGAGCCCCCGUUGGCUCUAUCCUCGUGGGUCCCACAGAUACUUUGUUCGCUGUGCGUCUGCACCGAAAAUUGUUCGGCGGCAUGAUGCGUCAGACAGGAGUCCUAGCUGCUGCGGCACAUGCUGCACUGCAUGAAAACAUGCCACGCCUGCGUCAGACACAUUCACUCGCGCGCCGCGUCGCCGCACGACUGCAGGACUGCGGCGUCACAAUCACGUUGCCUGUCGAAACCAAUAUGGUUUUCUUUGAUGUCACCUCUGCGGGUAUCGACGGCGAGACGCUUCGUCAACGAGCCGCCGCUUUGGACCCCCCUAUUCAGAUGGGGACACAUCGCAUCGUCAUACACUAUCUCACUCAUCACGACUUGCCUGAGCGACUGGCUUGCCUAUUUGCUACUUAA